AUACGGGGUACCAUUAUACCACAUCGAACAUCACUAUCAUCAGUAGCUUGGUCUCCUCCUUUGGUCUCUCCACAACAACUAUACUCUUUGUUAAUUCUCAUCUCGUUCCACUACUUUUGACAAAAACGUAACAAAACAAAUAAUUCAACAAAAUAUUUUAUCUCAAAUACUUUAUAUUUUUAAAAAUUUUUCAGUCAUAAAAAAUCUUGUAUUUAAAUAUAUAUUAACUUAUUUAAUUUAUUUACCAGAUUAAAAUUUAUCAACGAAAAUAAAAGUGAGGAAAAAAAUAGAAAUCUAUAUCAGUGAUUCAAUUUAUAUGUAGUAUAAGUUUUUAAAAUUCAACUAAUUAUAAGUAGUUUCUGUAACUAAGUUCGUGUGAUUUGUGUAAAUCAUAAAUACAAUAUUUAUGUAUAGCGAGCAAUAAAUAAUAUAUAUACAUAUAUGUAUUUAUAUGUUUGAAGUAUAAAAGAGCAUGGUAUGAGAGAAGAGGCAACGCGAUUUAUAUCCCGGGGCAUUCGUGGGGUCUGAGAGAGGGACUCUUCUCUGAGGGCCGUCGAUCUUCCUUAGUAAGUUGUUGUGAGAGUCGUUCAUCGUCUGCCAAUGCCAAAGGACUUAAAAAAAGGCAAAACCGGCAUGAACACUAAAAUCUAGUUUUUUAUAUUUAACAUUAUUUUCAAUUUUUUUAUAUUAUUAUUAUUUUAUUUUGAAACACUUGUGAUUUUUUUUUUUUUUACUUAUUAAACCUAAAUCUAUAUUUUUCUAUUUUUUUUUAUUUUAAAUCAAAAUGAAUUGUGUUUACUGUUGACAAAUUAUCAUAUACGUAUAGUGAAUUAUUAUUUUUAUUAUGAAGAACAAUAUGAUUGCUACUAUUGUCAUGAGGGCUCUUCUCAUUUUUAUCAGUGUCUUAGCUCCAGUGAUAUCAACGCCUCUUUACUCAUCUUCAUUAACCAACUCAGGUAAUGCAAGAAAUAUUCGACACUUACCAUGUAUAUCAAUGCGAACUGGCAAGACUGGAGUAUGCAUGUUCGCAUUAGACUGUGUCAAGGCAAAUGGUACACAUUUAGGUACAUGUCUUGACAGGUUUUACUUUGGCUCGUGUUGUAAAAUAAAUGGUGACUCUGAUACUCAUCCACAAGAUAAUACAAUUGAAAAAAGUCCUAGUUUAAUACCAAUAAAAAAACCAAUUGAAUCGAAUGAUAUACCUGAAAUUGUUACAAUACAUGAUUCAAAACCUCAAAAGCCAUUACACCAAAUUUUCGCGACAAAUAAAUCAACGACUGUUGGUACAUUAACAACAACAAUGAUAACAUCAAUAAAACCACAAUUAAACAUUGGAUUAUCAACAUAUCAAACAACUCAGAACGAUCUUCCAUCCACAUCGGACUUUAUCAUGAGUAUCCAAACAACAACUGCACGUCAUCCAGAAACUCAAAAUCCAAUAAUUGAAAUUCAAACAAAGCCAGUAACGAUACCUACGAGUCAAAGCUUGCCAAUAACGACUGAGAGAAUAACACCAGCAACAAGAUUUCCACCGAGAAAUUCAACAACAACAGCAGCUACAACAACAACAACAACAACAACAACAACAACAACUUCUACUACAACAACUGCAGUUCCCACAACUGCAUCAAUUGUAACAAGCACAUCAGCUAGGCCAUUAAGUGUAUCCACGAAAAAACCAAUAGUAACAACAGCAGUGACAAAAAAGCCUAUUCUCUCGGAAAACACACGAAAGCCAACUAGACCAUCAUCAACAACUCUUCUCACAAUAAAACCAAUAUUAUUAACUACCCAAAAACCACUUGAGGAAGCAGUCAGAACAACAACUGCUCCAACAAAGCAAACAACAGUGGAUGAAUCAACAAGUUUUACAAAUUUUUCAAAAAAACCAACAAUUGAAUCACCAACAGCGAGUAAACUUCCACGGCCAUCAAGCACGGAAAUUCCACGAUUGAAUACUACAACGGCGAUAAAACCUCGGCCUUCCUCAAAGCCAACAAAGACAUCAUCGAAACCAACAAAAACUUCCAGUAAACCAGUGUCCACAGUUUCAGCAAGACCAACUGGAAAACCAAGGCCAUCUAGUAAACCAACAAAAUAUCAGAAACCCUUGAAGCCUAUUACUACAACAACUUCAACAACUGCUGAGACAACAAUAAUGAAUUUACCAACAAUGCCAUCAACAAAAAUAACAUCAACAGCAACACCAACAAUCAUAGCAUUACCAAUCACGACAACCAUGACAACAACAACAACAACAACAACAACACCAACAACAACACCACCACCACCAACGACAACAACAACAACAACAACACCAAAAACAACCACAAGAACGACAACGCCAACAACGAUAAUAUCAACAACACUUGGUAAUACAAUCGAGAAUACUGAGGCAACUCCUACAACAGUAAAAAUAACAUCAACAACACUGGAAAAUGAUAUUCCACCAUAUAAAUUAACAACUACAACAGACAAUUUAAUUUCACAAGCAGAAACAUCGACACAAAGCUUUGUUACUUGGAGUUCAAAUUCUGAUGAACUUGUAACUUCAACUACAGUAUUGCCAACGACCUCAAUGUUUUCGACGACCCAAGCACACGAAGAAACAACUGAAACAGAAUGGGCACCAAUAACAAGUCCAGAUGGUUGGAUAAUGAUUCAAAAUUUGAGUACAAAACAGCCUGAAAAUGAAACAACGACAACUGAAAUUCCAUCAACAAAAAUUCCAUCAUUAUUAGCUGAAACAUCAACAGAGAAUGUACCGACGACAGAAAAAGUAUCUCUACCGACUGUAUCAACUACAACGAAUCCUCCAACAAUUACCACAGUAUCAGCUGGUCCAAUUGAUCGUUACAACAUGUCCGACUACAACCAAGUUUGUGGAAGAAGACUCUUUCCGGAAUCUCGAAUUGUUGGGGGUGCACGCAGUUCAUUCGGCAAGUGGCCUUGGCAGAUAUCUUUAAGACAGUGGAGAAAUUCAGUGCAUCUUCACAAAUGCGGUGCUGCUCUUCUUAAUGAAAAUUGGGCUAUAACUGCAGCUCAUUGUGUUGAAAACGUUCCACCGAGUGAAUUAUUAUUGAGAAUUGGCGAAUAUGAUUUGGCAAAUGAGGAUGAACCUUAUGGUUUUCAAGAACGGCGAGUUCACAUGGUUGCCAGUCAUCCAGCAUUUGAUCCACGGACUUUUGAAUAUGAUUUGGCUUUGUUAAGAUUUUAUGAGCCAUUAACACCAUUCCAGCCAAAUUAUUUGCCAAUUUGCGUUCCAGAUGAUGAUGAGGGUUACGUUGGACAGACAGCACAUGUUACUGGUUGGGGAAGACUCUAUGAAGAUGGACCAUUACCUUCAGUUCUUCAAGAAGUUUCAGUUCCCAUAAUUAACAAUUCAGAGUGCGAAGAUAUGUAUAGAGCUGCUGGAUAUAUUGAGAACAUACCAAAAAUAUUUAUUUGCGCUGGAUGGAAAAAAGGUGGUUCAGAUUCUUGCGAGGGUGAUAGUGGUGGUCCACUGGUAAUUCGAAGGCCUCGAGAUAACAGAUGGAUUCUUGCUGGUGUAAUCAGUUGGGGCAUUGGUUGCGCAAUGCCUUUCCAACCUGGUGUUUACACUCGUAUCUCCGAAUUCAAAGAAUGGAUAAAUCAAAUUCUUAAAUUCUAGUAUUUCGAGAAAAAAAAAUAUAUACUUGGACGAAAAUUCCAUGUUUAUUUUGGGAAAUAUGAUGAAACAUUUGGUGAAUAUUGAAAAAAAAAAAUAUAUUUUUUUUUUUUCAAUGUCAUUAUUCACACGGGAUAUGCUGCUCAAAGGCUCAAGGUCUUAGGACAUAUAUUUUAUAAAUUUUUAAUACGAUUUCGACAUGAUUUACUUCAGCACAUCCGUGAUAUCCAGUGAACAACGUAAUUUAUUAUUGAACAAUUUAGAUUAAAUUAUUUAAUCAUACGUCUCUCGUUAAUUUUUCAUCAAAUAAAUAAAUUUAAAAAAAAAAAAAAC